AUGAGCGAAACUCCGCGUCUCCGCUCCGCGUUUCCUACGACGCCUCGAACUACGCAGAAAUCGAGGAACUUCAAUAUCUCUCCGACGCGGCCCGGACCACGAGAUGCCCCGCCUUCAAGGGUCUUGACGAAAGCUCCAGCGGCUGAGCAGGAUGAAGGCUCACCACUGAUUCCGUCACGAAUACUCGACCCCCCAACACAACGGCUAUAUGUAGCAGCCAUCUAUGUCGCCCUCAAUGCUUGGCGGGCGUACGAGUCGUGGAGGGCUUCUGAUGAGCUGGAUUCUACCUGGCUAUUUCUAAAAUGGGCCUCUAUUGACGGUGUCUGUCUGUUUGGCCUCCAGGCGCUGCGCAUUCCCUGGCUGGAAUGGGCCUUUCCCACAACACUGGCAUUAUUCCUACUGCACGUUGUUUUUAACAUCUUCCUGAUGUUUCGCAUCCCAAUUCCAAUCGGUUUGUGGUUUUCUGGAAUGGUGAAAAUAGCCUACGACCGCGAACUGUCAAUAUCUGGACAAAGCAUAAAGCCCGGCGAUAUUAUCAAUAAUGCUUCCUUGAUUCUUGGAAAGCAAAUAGUCAAUAUCCUACCUGAAGGAUCUGCCGUUCUGAAUCCAGAGUUGACACCUCUUUGUCUCGAUUCUCAUAAAAUCGCAGUUGAGUUGCCAAUACGAGUAAAUCAGACCGACCCGAUAGUCAUUGAACUGCUACGUUACGACUACGACAACGGCGACAGCGAAAUUAUCUCAAUUCCCGCCAAACAACUCAAACAGCUUAAACGACAAGCAGACAAAAGACACUCCCAGAGCCCUGACCUCCAUCGUGAUCUCCUUUUUCCGAUUCGUCGGCACGGUAUAUAUCGCCUCCAGCGAGUCGUAGAUGAGUCCAAGCUCGAGGUUCGUGUGCGGUCCUCCGAUGCAAUCGUCGUCUCUUGCCCUCGCGCAUUGAUCAAACACUCGCACUCACAAAAAUGUCGCGGCGAGCUAUCGAAUUUUAUGCUAGCGGUUGAAGGGACUCCGCCACUAAAAAUAAAGUACAGCAGGCAGGUCAACCACCACGACCGAGGCUUUUCUUUCCAAAACAUCCAGCCGGACCAUCUGCGCACCCCACUUCUAGGUCAUAGGUCACUCGGCCGAUUGUUCAAUGCUCAGGAGCCUGAUGUUGCUUGGGCUCGAAAUCAAAUCAUCGAAAUCCCUCUCAAUGAGUCGUUGAACAUCGGCGGCGAUUGGCUAUACAUGAUCGAGGAGGUGCACGAUGGCGCCGGGAAUGUUGCAAAUUACUCAAUGCUCUUGGAGGAUGGAGACCAACAUGCAGCGAAAACUUUGCCUCAGUGGCAUCGAUUCUCUGUUCACGAAAUUCCUAAGAUGUCUUUGUCUGGCUGCAACGAUCGGCAAUUCCUAGAGGUAGCACGUGGCGAAAGUCUUGCUCUUCCCAUCACAUUUCACAACGCAGACCGUGGGUAUGGUGAAGAUGGACCAUUUUCCGUUAUCUAUUCUUAUGGCACCGACAGUCAAGCGAAUGCGGAUGAUUCUUCGCGCACAAUUCGUCAGCUUUCGCUCAAAACUGUGGACCAGAAGCCUUUAAUCAAAGAGCCGGGCUGGUAUAGUAUCAAGCAUGUCUCUAGCCAAUUCUGCUCUGGAGAAGUUUUGGAACCGUCAUCGUGUUACCUGCGGAACCCGCCGGAGCCUGAGCUGUCCAUUCGCUCAGAGAAAAUCUUCGAUAAAUGUGCGAAUAGUCCAGUGGGGCUGCUUGUGGAUUUGGACCUCACAGGCUCGCCACCGUUCCGCCUGCGAUAUGCUAUCGAGCACUCCAAGGGUGUUGAGACCAAGUAUCAGGUUAUUGAGGGAUUACGCUCGCAAUUGGACUUCACCCCCUUGGAGGCCGGGCACUACCGGUAUCGCUUCCUAGAUAUUUCCGACAGCGUCUACGCACCACGACCGCUGGAAGAUAAAAUACCAAUUUUGGAACAAGACGUCAAGCCCCCUGCCUCAGCACAUUUCGUUGGAGCCAAGGAAGUACGCAAAGCUUGUUUCGGCGAGCCCGUAUCCGUGGAUGUCGGUUUCUUGGGAGAGGCGCCCUGGACGUUGCAGUAUGAACUUAUCCACAAUGGAAAGAAGACGAGGCAUGUUCUGGAGUCUAACAAUGCAACAUCCACCAUUGUGACAGAGAAGCUUGUCAGCGGUGGAGAGUACAACCUCGUACUGACAAGUGUGAAAGAUCGCUCCAAAUGCAAGCGAACAUUGAAUGAGAUUCUCAAUAUUGACGCCCGAUCCAAGCCGCCUCAUGUUGCCUUCGGUCUCAUUGAAAAGAGUAGAAUUUACUCGGCCCUUCAUGGUGCCAGAAUUGAUAUACCGCUCAGGCUAAGUGGUGAGCGGCCAUGGUCUGUUCGGUACAGAAAUUUGGAUUCAGAUUCUUCUGAGGUAUCAAAGACUUUCUGGCAAGAGAAUAGCUUUUUGACUGUGAGUCACGAAGGACGCUAUGAGCUUCUGGGAGUAACAGAUAGUUCUUGUCCCGGUUCUGUUGACCAAUCAGCGAGGAUAUUUGACAUCACUUGGAUACCGCGACCCCAGAUUACAGCUGUGGACGAUACCCCGGUGGGGCCUGAUGGCCAUAUUGUGAGGAAUGAAGUUUGCCAGGGGCAGGGCGAUAGUCUUGAGCUUCGGUUAACUGGACAUCCGCCCUACACGAUCCAGUGUGAACAGCAGAGAAAAGCAUCUCGUGGCUCUAGUUCAGUACGCGUACGAAGCCUGAAGACCGCCCUGCAUGCUCUCUCUAUGGAACUAGAGACCUCAGAGCCGGGUGAUUACACAUACCGUUUCAAGGAAGUCGGGGAUAACCUCUACAAUACAGACCCAAGGAGCAAUCAGGUCGUUGUGACCCAGAGAGUAAACCCGCUCCCCUCUGCCAAGUUUGAUGCGCCAGGUCGUAUUUAUGGUUUCUGCAAGGAAGACAAUAGUGGCGAGGAGCUGAUUCCUCUUACACUGGAGGGUGUGGCCCCGUUCUCUCUCGAGAUCUCGAUCAAACACUACGCCAAAGCGAAGCCCGAAAUCGUCACGGUACCCAACAUCAAAUCGAACAAGCACAGUCUUCCAAUCCCUCGACGUCAUCUCGAUCUCGGCCAACACGUUGUCAGCAUCCACAAAGUGCGCGACUCGCGAGGUUGCGAGCAGACCUACCACACGGACAUCUCUUCUGUGAGGGUCGCGGUAUCGGAUGUCCCCACAAUCAUUCCUCUCGAGUCGAAAACUGACUAUUGUGUCGGCGAGCGUCUUUCAUUCUCGCUCUCAGGCCAUGCUCCGUUUGAAGUCUUCUAUACCUUCGACGGUGUUGCCAGAAAGGCCGGUUCGGCUACUAACCACUUCCGCCGCAUUGCGGAGAGACCUGGCGUUUUUACCAUUACUGCCGUCAGUGAUGGCGCAAGUGGGAAGUGCAAGGCCCACAAGGACAUUACCAAGACUAUCCACCAGAUGCCGAGCGUCAGAAUCAGUAAUGGUCAGAUUUCCAUUGUGGAUAUCCAUGAAGGUGGUGAGGCAGAGCUCGAGUUCAAGUUCUGGGGAACACCACCGUUCGAAUUUACUUACAUCCGAAGCACAAACGCUCGAAAAGGAAAGAAGCCUGAAAUACUCGAUAUCAAGCACGACAUCUCUUACGAACAUCAGAAGAUUAUCAAGACAUCUGACGAGGGUACUUACGAGGUAGUGGCAAUCAAGGACAAAUACUGCUCCUUUUCUGCUCAGCCGUCAUUGGAGAGGAAUGAGAAGCUCUUGACGGUAUAA